CUCCACUCUCUUUCAGAACCCAACACGCCACUGUCGCGGUAACAGAGCAGCUAGCCAAGAGUAGUAGCCGCGUGCCCGCGUGCGCUUCCCGAACCCCGAGUCCCGACCAGAGAGAGAUACGGAGAGGAGCAGACCUGCCCGUCGCAAUGGCGAUGCCACCGAAGCCCGGCGACCCGCCGCAGCGCUCGCCGGCACGUAGCCCAAACCUCAAUCUCCCCUGCCCGCUGCCGCCGGUCCCGGGCGGGGCGCCGCCACCGCCGCAGCAGCAGCCGGGCGCCGGGCUGCCCCCGCCGCGCGUGGGCCACCACCGCCGCGCCAGAUCUGAGGUGGCCUUCCGCUUCCCGGACGACCUGCCCGGCGGCGGGGGCGGCGGCUUCGACGAGAUCGGCUCCGAGGACGACCUCUUCUCCACCUUCAUGGACAUGGACAAGAUCGCCGGCGCCGACCGCGACCGCGCCGCCGAGACCUCCUCGCCGCCGCGCCCAGCCAAGCACCGCCACAGCGUCUCCUUUGACGGCUUCGGGAUGGGGGCUGCCGCCGGCGGCCCGGGCGGCCAGCAGGACGGCGGUGGAGGCAUGUUCGGAGAGGUGAUGGAGGCCAAGAAGGCCAUGUCUUCCGAGCAGCUCUCCGAGCUCGCCGCCAUCGAUCCCAAGCGCGCCAAAAGAAUUAUUGCAAACAGGCAAUCUGCAGCACGGUCAAAGGAAAGAAAAGCUCGAUAUAUAACAGAAUUGGAGCGGAAGGUUCAAACUCUUCAGACAGAGGCUACUACUCUUUCAGCACAGCUGACACUAUUCCAGAGAGACACAACUGGACUUUCAGCAGAAAAUGCUGAGCUCAAGAUAAGGUUGCAGGCCAUGGAGCAGCAGGCCCAACUGCGUGACGCUCUAAAUGAUGCACUGAGGCAAGAAGUGGAGAGGCUUAAGAUAGCAACGGGCGAGAUGUCGAAGUCCAAUAACGAGCAUUUCAAUAUGGGAAUGCAGCACGUUUCCUACAGCCCUUCAUUCUUCCAGCUCUCGGAGCAACACACAGUGCAGCAGCAUGGAAACAUUCAGCUGCCGCACCAUUUCCAACAGCCUCCGCUGAAUGUCCCGAGCCACCAGAUGCUAUCCCACCCCAACUCCCUCUCGAACAUGGUGCAGCAAGACUCUCUUGGGCGUCUCCAGGGGCUGGACAUUGGGAAAGGCUCCAUGGCUGUGAAGUCGGAGGCUGAGGUCGUGGUGAAGUCAGAGGGCAGCUCUAUAUCUGCGGGUGAAAGCAACACCACCUUCUAGCUAUACAAUACGUCUGCCUUCCAAGAAGCCUUUGUUUGGUUUAGAGUUCUUCUUUUGUUCAUAGUCUGACAUCCUUGAACUGCUUCCUCCUUCCCUGUAGUUUUUUUUUAUUCCAUUCGUUAUAUCUAGUUACCAUUGAUCGGUUGUGUCGAUCGUUGUUGUUGUCGUGGUGGCUGAUUCUAUAGGGACAUUGGUGUGCUGGUUUCGAGUUUGUUAUGUGUGUGGUAUGGUUGGUUGUUUCGAGCUAGUGACUGAAAGGGCACCGAGUGAUUUUUUGGCAGAAUUUCUUUUCUCCACCUGUUUUAGUUUUGUUAUAGAACAACCAUGAUUUCUCCUUCUGGAAAUGUGUACAUUGUGUUGCU